GUCAAAAAGCCUUGAAAACAAAUUAUCGAAUUAGAAAAAAAGAAAAAGGAAUCAAUCAUUUCCCAUUCAAAACAAACGGUCGUGGCGGUUGAAAAUUGAAAGAAAAAAGGGUUAAUUAUCUUGGUCCAAAAACGAAAGGAAGAAGAAGCGUUCGUUGAUGAUGCAAUCCUGGGUCCACGGCAAUAGCAUGAAGGUCCACUCUGUUCCAAGAAAGCAAGACAUCUCAAUCCAAUCCAGCGUCGAUGGGGAGAACUCGACGUCGGAGACUCAGGUCGCCGGCAAGAAGCUCCAGCGACUCCCGCACGUGUUCAGUCGCGUCACCGAUGGGAUCGCCGACGUGAGGGUGCACACGGUGGAAACCCAUCCCGGCAUGACCAAGAUCGUGGUGAGGGAAGGCGGCUCCGUGGAUCAGCUCGAACUCCACAUGCAGAGGUUCCGGCUGCCAGGGUCCACGCCCGAGCUCGUGAGCGCGGUGGUUGCCAACGGCCAGCUUAUCGUCACGGUGCCGAAGGAACACAAGGAAGAGCAUGGAUCGAGAUGCUAAUAAAGGUAUAGUAGUUCACUCAUUCUUGGAAAUAGAUGUAUGUUUGUAUAAUACACAAAAGUUAAGCUAUUAGGAUAUAGGUGUGAUUUCUAUAUGACGUGUAGUUAGCUUCAUAAUUCAUAUAUGUUACUUAUGUUAGAUGAAAAUUAUCAUUUUGUCAUAUUUAUUAGAUAGUUUAUUGGUAUUUGAACAAAGUAAA